GACUCCCUAGCCUGAAGCGCCCGCUGUCAUUGUCAGCUCUUCUCUCAUCAAGCAGUCAUAAUGCCUUCAAACACCGCUGCCAGUAUGUUUGGUGGAGCAGGAGGAAGAGGCUCCAGGGUGUCCGUGGCGAGCCUGGAGGGGCUGCGUAACGUGCUGCGCAACGACACGGACAGAGACUCCGGCCCCGCCGCCCCAGCAACGCCUGCCGCCUCCGCCGCUCCUGCCGCGCCUGCCGCACCCGGGGACGACAAACAGACACUGCGGGGUCUGAAUGACCGACUGUCGGGUUACCUAGGCAGGGUGAGACAACUGGAGAAGGAAAACAGCGACCUGGAGAAACAGAUUGAUGAGAUUUUAGCCAAGAGGAAAGCACCUGAGGGGCGCGCCUGGGAUCAGGUUGAGAAACCUCUGGAUGACCUCAAGAAGCAGAUCAAAGACAUCACCAUGGACAAUGCCAAGCUGCUGCUACAGAUUGAUAACACCAAACUGGCUAAUGAUGACUUCAAGAACAAGCUGAACGAUGAGGAAAAGGCACGGAAAGAAUUAGAAAAAGAUGUAGAUGAUCUGAAGAAGACCAUCGAGGAUACCAAGCUGAACCGCAUGCAGACGCAGAAAGAGAUUGAUCUGGUGAAGGAAGAGCUGGCUCGCCUCGAGCAGGAGCACAAACAGGAGGUGAAUGUCUUGCGUGAGAAGAUCAAGGACUCCGAGGUGAAGGUGGAGAUUGACUCUCAGGACUCCAACCUGGCUGAGGUUGUCAACAAGAUCCGCAACCAGUACGAUAACCUGGCCAGGAAGAACCUGAAGGACACAGAGGAGUGGUACCAGAGCAAGUUUGAUAACAUCAAGGUGGUGGAGGCCCAAAACAACGAGGACUUGAUAGCUGGAAAGUCAGAGCUGAAGGAUCUGCUCAAACAGAAGCAGUCUCUGGAAAUUAAGAUCCAGAGUUUCCACAGCAGGAUCCACAAUCUGGAGGAGACCCUGAGGAGCACCAAAGUGGAGAACGGUCAACGCCUGGCCCCCCUCAACCAGGUGAUACUGAAGCUAGAGGCGGAGCUGAGGGAGGUGAGGGCACAGGUGGAGCGCCAUGUUGAAAACAACAAGAACCUGCUGUGCGUGAAGAUGAAGCUGGAGGGGGAAAUCGACAACUACCAGCGACUGAUGCAAGGCUUGACCCCUGACAUCGAAAGCCUGGAGUUUUCUUUAGAAGAUGCAGUGCGUAGCGAUCAGCAAAAGCCUGACAAUAAGGUUCCUGAGCAGCCAGACGAAACCCUCGUGAAGCAAGAAAGCUCCCCCUCUGACAAAUCUACUCCCCCCGAAACCCCUGAAGCAGAUAAACCCCCUGAAGUGGUGGAAGGAGACCUCAUAAAGGCCGACAAGGUUGCUGUCUGUUAAACAGUUUCCGAUGCACCUAGCAAAAAGAAAAAACCCAAGAAAAAGAAUAAGAAGGGUUCAUCCUCUUCCUCCUCUUCAUCUUCCUCUUCUUCCUCAUCCUCCUCCGAGAAUGAAGAGCUAGAGAAAGAGAGUGAAGUGGCUGAAGUCUCAUCCUAAAAAGCUUUUUUUUGUCACUCGGCCAAGUAUCACAUCUGUUUCCUACUGUUGUUGCCAAACCUGUGAAGCCACUAAGAGGUUGUCAGUAAAUAAAUACGUUUGGUUUUGAAAGAAA